AUGAACGCUGAAGAAAGAAGAAUACAUUGUGGUCUUUUGAUGUUCGAUGCUCCAACUGUAUCCACAAGAUCUCAAACUUCAAGGAGCAAUGAUAUUAUCAUUAAUAAUUUGUCAACGCAGGGAGUUGACUCUUCCACGUUGAACAACCAUCUUUCUUAUGAAUCCUCUCGUAACGCUGGUUCAUUGGUUAAUAAUUUAGAUAUGUUUCAUGACUGUACUUCUGACUUUUCUACCACCACACGCGUACUUGCAGCUGGAGCUGCAGCUGGCGGUGAACUUUUACAACAAGGUUCUUGUGAUUCAAGUGAUGAACCUGGCCAAAGAAGUAGUCUUCCUCAAAAGAGAAUUCCAAGACCUCCAAAUGCCUUUAUCUUAUAUCGUAGAGAAAAACAACCUGCAAUUAUCGCCGCUAAUAGACAUCUCUCAAAUGCUGAAGUUUCUAGGCGAAUUUCAGAAAUGUGGAGAAGUGAACCUGAAGAAACUCGUAGAGAAUGGGAGAGAUAUGCGGAUCGUAAAAAGCUCGAACAUAUGCAAACAUAUCCUAAUUAUGUUUAUCGUCCUAAUAAAAAUAAAUCUAAAAUAGAUAAACGUAGACAGCAACGUAAACAAUCUUCUCCAAGAGAUUCAACUGAUAAUAGAAGUUACUCGAUCUCAUCUGGUGCUACCACCGGUCCUCAAAGAAGGAAGUCAACAAGAAAUGGAAAUAAAAGUCCUGCAAAGUCGGAUUUUCCCGAAGGCUUACAACAAUCAUCUAUUAAUGAUAUGUCACAAUCAAAUAUUAAUUCUAGAAAUGAUACAUCCCGAAAUAAUUCUGUGCCCUCAAAUUCAUCAUUUGCUACACUUAUUCCUAGUCCGGAGAUUCCUACAUUGGUGGAUCCUCAUGCAGAAUACGGAUCUCAACAACAAAUUAAUUCCGUUACAUCUCAUUUACCGCUUACUCCGAUUUCUCCACCACAAGUACAAUGUGAACAAGAAUUUAAAGCACGUCAUCAACAACAAUAUGGACAAAACCUUUACGUUUAUCAUGAUAAUCAAGGAAAUACUCCGCAACUCCCUUUCACAUCCGUAAUUUCCUAUAAUCAAGGAGCAAAUGGAUAUCCUUUAGAAUAUUAUUUUGCUCCUGAUGUUCCAGAUGUGGCACAACAACAACAACAGAUGAAUGCAGAAACAAUGCUUCAUUACGAACAUCAUCAAAUCACACCAACACCAACCGUUUCAUCCUCAAACAAUCCAUCCCCUAAUGAAAGAACCUCCCUAUAUCCGCAACAACCUACUCAAUAUUUCCAUAAUGAAACAAAUACUGCUGGUAAUGUUAUUGGCAAUCAAACGUUUGUCAAUUUUCUCGCAGGAUACGAGUAUCAAAACCUCUUGGGUGGUUCUGUGAAUCAUCACAUCCAAUAA